AACAGAAAGAGAGAACAGAGAACUGGCAGUCUCCAGCCCUGCGGCAGGCCAAGUACGAGCUCAGAAGCCGCGUGGGCGGAGCAGCAAGAACCCCGGUGGCAGCGGGCGCGACCCACACCCCCUGCCAGCCCAGACAGCAGGCGAGCCCGGCCGGCGUCCAUGGGGUGCCGCCCGUGCCCAAGCCCAACCCAGACCCCAACCUGCAGCAUUCGCCGGCCCUGAACUGGACUUGGGACUUCGGGAGAGGAUCGCGCGGAGAGGUGUUGUGGAACAACAUGAUGGCUGAACAACUCCUUCCUCAGGCUUUGUAUUUGAGCAAUAUGCGAAAAGCUGUGAAGAUCAGAGAGAGAACUCCGGAAGAUAUUUUUAAACCUACCAAUGGAAUCAUUCAUCAUUUCAAAUCCAUGCACCGAUACACGCUGGAAAUGUUCAGAACUCGCCAGUUUUGUCCACAGUUUCGGGAGAUCAUCCACAAAGCUCUCAUAGACAGAAACAUCCAGGCCUCCCUGGAAAGUCAGAAGAAGCUCAACUGGUGUCGAGAAGUCAGGAAACUUGUGGCUCUAAAAACGAAUGGUGAUGGAAACUGCCUCAUGCACGCUGCGUCGCAGUACAUGUGGGGUGUUCAGGACACAGACUUGGUCCUGAGGAAGGCCCUCUUCAGCACUCUCCAGGAGACGGACACACGCAACUUUAAAUUCCGCUGGCAGCUGGAGUCUCUUAAAUCUCAGGAAUUUGUGGAAACGGGGCUGUGCUAUGACACCCGGAAUUGGACUGACGAAUGGGACAACCUUGUCAAAAUGGCCUCCACAGACACACCAGGGGCCCGCAGUGGCCUUCAGUAUACUUCGCUGGAAGAAAUACACAUAUUUGUCCUCUGCAACAUCCUCCGAAGGCCAAUCAUUGUCAUUUCAGACAAAAUGCUGAGAAGUUUGGAAUCAGGUUCCAAUUUCGCGCCUUUGAAGGUGGGCGGAAUUUACUUGCCUCUCCACUGGCCUGCCCAGGAGUGCUACAGAUAUCCCAUCGUCCUUGGCUACGACAGCCAGCACUUUGUACCCCUGGUGACCCUGAAGGACAGUGGGCCCGAAAUCCGAGCUGUUCCACUUGUCAACCGAGAGCGAGGAAGAUUUGAAGACUUAAAAGUUCACUUUCUGACAGAUCCUGAAAACGAGAUGAAGGAGAAGCUCUUGAAAGAAUACUUGAUGGUGAUAGAAAUCCCCGUCCAAGGCUGGGACCAUGGCACCACCCAUUUGAUCAAUGCUGCAAAGUUGGAUGAAGCUAACUUACCAAAGGAAAUAAACCUGGUAGAUGAUUACUUUGAACUUGUCCAGCACGAGUACAAGAAGUGGCAAGAGAACAAUGAGCAGGGGCGGAGAGAGCUGCACCCUUUGGACCCCUCCAUCCCCCAGCUGUCUCUCAUGGACGUAAAAUGUGAAACACCCAACUGCCCUUUCUUCAUGUCUGUGAACACCCAGCCUUUGUGCCAUGAAUGCGCAGAGAGGCGGCAGAAGAACCAGAACAAAUCCCCAAAGCCAAAGUCCAAGCCAGGCCCUGACGUGGUGCUUGGAGCCUCUCGAGGUGAGGCCUACGAGCCCACAGCCUGGAACCCCCAGGAGCCAGCUGGGGGGCCUCAUUCUGCCCCUCCGACAGCACCCAGCCUUUUCCUGUUCAGCGAGACCACCGCGAUGAAGUGCAGGAGUCCUGGCUGCCCUUUCACACUGAAUGUGCAGCACAACGGAUUUUGUGAGCGUUGCCACAAUGCCCGGCAACUUAAUAUGGGCCACACCUCAGAAAACACGAGGCAUUUAGAUCCCGGUAAGUGCCAGGCCUGCCUCCAGGACGUCACCAGGACAUUUAAUGGGAUCUGCAGCACUUGCUUCAAACGGACUACAGCAGAGCCCUCCUUGAACCUCGGCUCCAGCAUCCCUCCUUCCUGUCAUCAGAGAUCUAAGUCGGACCCAGCGCAGCUCAUCCAGAGUCUCUCCCCUCAUUCUUGCCACAGAGCUGGGAGUGAAGCCCCCUCUGGCUGCCUCUCUCAGGCCGCACGGACUCCAGGGGACAGGACAGGGACAAGCAAGUGCCGGAAAGCAGGCUGCAUGUACUUUGGAACUCCUGAGAACCAGGGCUUUUGCACACUGUGUUUCAUCGAGUACAGAGAAAAUAAACAUUUUGUUGCUGCCUCGGGGAAAGUAGGCCCCACAGCCUCCAGAUUCCAGAACGCAGCCCCCUGCCUGGGGAGAGAAUGUGGCACCCUUGGAAGCACCGUGUUUGAAGGAUACUGUCAGAAGUGUUUCAUUGAAGCACAAAAUCAGAGAUUUCAUGAAGCAAAAAGGACUGAAGAGCAACUGAGACUGAGCCAGCACAGAGACGUGUCCCGGACCACGCAGAGUGCCUCCAGGCCCAAGUGCGCCCGGGCCUCUUGCAAGAACAUCCUGGCCUGUCGCAAUGAGGAACUCUGCAUGGAGUGCCAGCACCUCGGCCAGAGAGUGGGCACUGGGGCCCACCGGGCUGAGCCUCUUCCUGAAGAGCCCCCCAAACAGCGCUGCCGGGCCCCCGCCUGUGAUCACUUUGGCAACACCAAGUGCAAUGGCUACUGUAAUGAGUGCUUUCAGUUCAAGCAGAUGUAUGGCUAACAUGAAACAGGUGAGCUAGCCCAGCCGUUAGCCAACAUGGUGCUAUACCCUAAACACUCUGGUGCCACUGGAGGGUCGGUCCCUGCAACAGAAGACUCGAGAUUGUCUUUGAGAAGGAGAGGAAAGAUAAGUUCCUGGUCGUGGCCUUGAAUUUGGUAACUGGAGAACAUUCCCCAGUGGCCUUGGAGCAGAGCUUGUGACUGGCAGCAGACUGUCUCCAGUUCAGCCUGCGGCUCUGCCUCCUCUCCUACAAGCAGAAGGCCAGGAGCUUUAUGGAGUUGGAGUGCGUGUCAGGACUGCUUCGUCAUCUUUCAAGACAGAGUCAGAGCCACUCCACCCGCCUCGCUGCCAUGGCUCAGAGGCAGGAAGCUGAAUCCGCAUGGCCCCCAGGCCCUCUGUGAGCAGGCCUUGGCCCAUGGGCCCUCUGUGAGAAGGCCGGGAAGCUCAGGGAAAACGGACGUUUUCAGAGUGUCAGUAGUUCGUGGUUUUUCCUUACCUGCCUCAUUCCUUUCUCGUGGACUGUGAUUCUGAGGCUGCUGAGACUAAGUACAUUCUGUAAAGCAAACCAGCUGCUCUUUACAAUAUGCACCUUGUAAAAAUUAGAAUAUUUUAGUGGGAAGAUGUGUAACUCUUGGUUAUCACUGUCUUCACUUCCAAAGAGGCUAAGUUGAACUGAGGUGUGCAUAAAUAGUGUGUACAUAUAUAAUGUACCCUUGUGUAUAAGGGUUUUUUGUGUUGUUUUCCACCAUGUCGAAAUGCUGCCCUAGAGUAAGAAGACCGAACAAUAAUAACCUAUUUUCUGGUUGUUGUUGGGGCAUCACCUGUGUGUACAGCCUUCAUGAACUCAACCUGCUACCUUGGUAAAGGCCUUGUGUCGGUGGAGUUUACUUUAUUUAUUUUAUUGCAGACUUUAAGGUUAUUUAAAUGAAGUUGUUUCUUCUGCUCCAGGGCAAAUACUGUUUGCCGUGAGCAUGCUGCGCAACCGGGCAAGUUCCUCACGGCAGGGGAGUCAGCCUGUCUGAUGCACUUUGGUUGCCUUCCCUGGGAAGAAAGGAAUUGCAGCAGUCGUAAAUUUAUUAAAAUCCAUGUUUCUUCCUAAUGAAACUUUGGCCAGACCCAUGUCCCAGCCACAGUAUAUAAUUGUCUCCGACUAUUCUACCUCCCUAGAGAGAACAUUGGAAAGGAGCAGGGAUGGGAUUAGAGAAGGUCCCAGAGUGAGAUGUGGCCUUUGAUGGUGGUUUUAUCUGCUGUGUUAAUGCUGGGUCCUGGGGUGCAAGGCAGCGGUCUUGCGUCCAGUGACACCGUAGCUUUGGGACGGCAAAGCCCUGUAACCAUGAGCAUGAGGAAGUUUCUUUCUAUCCUUGGCCUGCAGUCUCCCUAUGUGCUUUAUGUCGCCGUCAUGCUGAUUCUAAAGAACAGAGGAGAGGAACACAUUGUCCACAGAGGUCUGGACUUCUGACAGGAGAAGACUGGCAGUCUAGAACUCUACAUGGUCUUCCGUGUUUUCAUCUAUUUCCUUUAAGGUUGAUAUUUUAAUAUUUUGUGUAUAAAUAUUCUCAUGCUUAAUGUGAAACAAAUGGAAUUAUUUAUACUUCUUAUAGAAAACAUUUGGAAUUUGCACAUUUAGUUAUCCCGGUAGAAUUGUUUACUCCAUGGUUUAUUAAAAUUUCCCUAAAUAAUUGUAACUUUCCACAAAAACCAAUAUUAAAAAAUAAAUUAU